AUGCAAUACUUCAUUGUUGCCGCACUUCUUGUUGCCUGCGUUUUCGCCCAGUAUCAAUAUCAACAACAGCAACCAUCAUCCAAUCAGCAGUAUUACAAGUACGUGAUAACUUAACCGAGAAGCCUUUUCUUACGUGACAUGGCCUUCAAUAUGAUAUAAUUUAUAGUAACCAAUACCAAACUACGACUAGAGGCUACAACCAGAACCAGCUGUACAACUCGAACACCAACCAACAAUACGCCAACACCCAAUCGCAGUACGGUAACAACCAAUACGGAACCACCACUCCACGAUACACCAGCCAAGCCCUGUACGGAACCACUUCCUCGGGAAGACAAUUCGAUCAGGCAGGCAACCAACAGUUUUUUAACUCUGUCGGCAAAACCACCGCUGUCCUUUCGUUCAUUGGAGUCACAGCUUUUGCCCUUCUCUAA